UUUAUCUUUUCAAGGAGAGACUAGAUUAGCAUUUGUUUGAUUUAAUAAGAUAUUUAUGCCGCAAAACAUUUACACAUCGUGUGUGUGUGUGUGUCACUCACGGAUUGUGGGUUCGAUUGGAAUGAGGUCGCCGUGAACAAACAGCGUGUGCGAAGUCACGAAGAUGCCGUAAUGUUAUGAGAACGCCAAAUGACAGAUAUACCUGACUGAAGCAAUAUCCCAGAAAAUCAACAAAACACUGCACUGUUAAAUCAGCAAUGUAGUAGGUCUCGCCCAAAUUGUAACACACUCAGCUGGAUUUCACAAUGUCAAAACAAAUCCUUAGUCCUUUCGAAGAUUUACGAUAUUGUCCUAUUUGUAAGCAGGAAUUCGUCGAACCCAGACUGAUUCCAUGCGGUCACUCGUUUUGUCUAAGGUGUAUUAAACCUCUGCAAAACAGACAUGUACACAACCAACGUAUUCUGAUCUGUCCAGAGUGUUCAAAAGUGUGUACCAUCCCCAAGGCUGGUGUUGAUGAUUUCCCACACGUCUAUGCUGUGAAGCAGUUGAAAACGGCAUUUGAGGAAGUCAACCAUAUACUGAAGCACAUCCAGUGUGGCGUCUGCGAGAAGAGGGUUGAUCAGCCGAUCUGCUGCCAAAAGUGUGUGGAAUACUUCUGCGACCACUGUGCCAGUCUACACCGGUCUCUCUUUCCAGAUCAUGUCCUAGAGUCUACUGCCGAAAACCCGUCUGUAACGAAAUGCACCAGCCACUUUAACCAGCUUAUGACUCAUUACUGUACGCGUUGUCUGGAGGCUGUCUGCCCGCUGUGUGCAACCAGAAACCAUGCCAACAAAGAAAGCCACUCUGUAAUGCCGCUGGAGGAAGCUAAGAGUCAUUUUGUUACACUGACAGAUAGGAAGAUUCGGAAAUUUGAAGAAUCUCGUGAACGCAUCAUGGUGGCUUUAGAUGCUACUGAGCAAGACCUUCGAAACGAAGAACAUAAGUACUGCCUGGAGAAACGAAAGAUCGAAGAGGCGGCUGAAAGAUCUCGAAGUUUGGUGUCGGAGGAAGAAGAACUACUGCUCUCGGAUUUAAAAUAUCGAUAUGACCAUAACACUAAAUGUUUCGAGAAUGAACAACAUAAUAAGCAGUCCACGCUUCAAGCUAUGGAUGAUUCAAUCAGUUCAGCGAAAGAGUCGCUUUCAUCUCUCAAAAACGAUAGCCUGCUGAAACCCGGAACGGGAGCAAUAAAAACAGCACUGACGGUGUUGGAUAUGGUUUCUGCAGAUGCUGUAACUGCUGCUUUGGAUCUGGAAUUGAAGGAAUAUUUCUUCCAGCCGUCAGGACUUCAACGGUUUGUUGGCAUCAUUGAUCCCGAAUUACCCACACCUGACAACAGAAUAGACCAGCUUAAGUCACUGCCAUUUGCAGACGAAAUAGCAGAAAACGAAGACGAAAUUUCAGGAGGCAGCCACUCAUCGCAGACAAGAAUAAAAGAAAUAUUCAAGUGCACACCACAACUGGUUGACGAGCAUCUUGUAACCAGUGCUGUGGACGGAACCAUUAUAUCGAUGAUUGGAAUUGGACUGGCCACAGAUGGCGCCGUCUUGUGCGCAUUCAACGUCCCGGGCUUGAGUCAAGUGAUCAUCAGCCAAUCGUCUGAAUUACAGCAUGUUAUUUACCACAGGCGGAAGGGCAUUUCUGCAUUUGCGGUAUCGGCCAGUGGGAAAUGUGGGGUUGCUCUGAAGGAAGAUGACAAUCUCUACCUUCUGUCACCUGACGACCUCCAUGAUGAGAGAGAGGCCACCUGUCAGACACACAAACACAGCUAUGGCAAGUCCAAGCCAAGCAUUCAGGCUAUAGCUUUCAACAGAGAGGAGCAGAUCAUUAUUUCGGAUGGGGAAAAGAACACAAUAACUGGAUUUGAUGCUCAGUGGCGUCGUCCUUUCAACAUAAGCGGGAAUGCGAAGGGAGAAUUCUGCAAUGCAGCGUCCGUUACUGUCGGGUCUGCAGGGGAAAUCAUUAUCUUCGACAACAUGAAAAAGAACCUCGUCAUUUUCAACAAAGAUACGAGAUACAGAAAAUCCAUCAGCUUGGAUAAGUUGUCAAAUUCCUGUACCAUUGCCUCCCAUUUCAGCGGUGUUGUUUUUGUGGCAGACCGCAAGACGAGCUGCGUCUACAAAGUAGAUAUAGAUCAUGGUAAUAUAGAUGAGGUAUUAAAUGCUGAGUCUGGUAUUGAAUCGCCAUCUUGUAUUGCGGUGAGGGGGGAGCUGAUGGCCAUUUCCAACAAGGAAUCCUUCAGCAAUGCCAAGAUUAAACUGUACCGGAUUACCUAGGUGUAGAGUGCUAUGAGAUGCCAUUGAGCAAACCUAGAAGAAAAAACCUUUAACAUUUUCAUACUUGUAUUUCUUCAAAAGUCCGAGUCGAAAUGACGGUUUGAUAAUAUUCAUUAACUGAACUGAAGGUGUUCGUGUAACGCCAUAUGCCCGUGUUACUCAGCGUGAAGCGUCAAAUGUAACGUAAUUCAAAACUGUCAAAAAGGAUUCUGUGUAAAUUCAUAAAAUGGACAGAACUGAUGACAUAUUCAUUCAAAAAACGUGUAGUAAACUAAACUCCAGGAUUUCGUCAUUGUGUUCUUCAUUUAGAACAAAGAAUGUUCAUUCAAUAACCUUAAACAGUUUGGCAUUAUGGAGGGAAAAAAGAGACGGAAAACCCCCCAGAACAAACAAUACUAACAUAAUGCAACAGACAUAAACGUACCCGUCUACUACUUUCAAGUACAUGAGAACUAAAUAUAUCUUAAUUAUUAAUGCGAGGCACCCGCAAUAUCAUGACAAGGUCAAGUUACUUCUGUUUGCCAUGGCUAUAAAAUAACUGACGAUAAGUUAUAAAACAAGCUGGCAGUUUGAAGACUGUAGGCCUAUUAUAUACAGUGCGGAGACAAGUUUAUAUACUAUGGUAAUAAGCAUUCAACCAGUCAAAAUGUUAUGGAGUUAUUUUCAACAGGCAUUCUCGGAAAUCCGCUGUUGUUGGAAUAAAGUCGUGAUCUUGUGAAUAUUGUCUUUCCCGAGUACAUACAGCCUAGCAUAACUCACACCUUGGAAUAUCUUUGGCGCAGAUAUGAAAGAUUAAAAACUACCUGGAAAUGAACCAAACGAACAAUUAACUUGUUUUAAAACUUACAAAACUUGAAUAGAGUUAAAGUUUGUUUUGUUUAACGAAAUAGAGAAUAGAGAUGCAUGAUGUUAAUAUAUUGCUUUGUAUAUAUGUAUAUAUAUAUAUAGUCAAACAUGGGACUUGACAAAAGUGGCAGUUAUAGACAGGUGACCCUUAUAUACAGGUUCAAAAUUAGAACCCAUAUAUUAAAACAUAUCAUAAGUGUCAUAAAAAAGAAGUCAUACAUGUGUUAUAAAUAAGAUUUUUUUUAUUACAUGAGACUGUCCAUGUCAGAAAAUAUUUUGUUUAAUUGCAGGUUAUUACCCAUGUGGCAUGUUUAACUCAUUUGUUUGUUUCAUAUCACCGCUAAUCCUUCAGUGGAGUAUGACCGUUGAUUACAGCUGAAUAAGAUCAUGAGUCAUUAAAUAAUCCGAACACCUUUAAUGACCGCCGCUUUCAGCAAUUCAUGUUUAUUUACGUAUCAGACACCUACCGUAACACCUCAUUUGUUUGGUGUCUCGAGAAUCGAGAGUGACCAGACAUACAGAUCACAUUAUGUACAGCCAAUGGGACGUCGUCUACUGUUCAGUGAGGAUGCUGAGAACCAAUUGAAUUACACCACCAGUAACUGCGUGCCACGGAAGUUAUUGAGUGUACGUUUGUUUUUCAAUUACGAUCAGAGAAUUACAAUGGAACUUUACUUUGACGGAAAAUAAACCCAAAGCUACAGACAUGGCCAUAUAAACACAUUUAAUUUAUAGUUUUUAAGAUGAUUGAAAAAGUAAAGACAUAACCAGGAUAAAAAAAAAAAAAAAAAAAAAAAAAAAAAAAAAGGGCUUCACGACGAUCAUCUUUUGACCGUUAUAACAGGUUCAACCUGUGAUUUUGGGUGAAAAAUAGUGACCGCUGGCCGAUAUGGACAGGUGACCGUUAUGUACAGGUCAAAUAAGGAAGGAAAUAAAUUGGGAGAGAUUUAUAGUGGCCGUUAUAGGCAGGUGACCGUUAUGUACAGGUGACCGUUAGACUAGGUGUAUACAUGUAUAGUGUGUGUGUGUGUGUGUGUGUGUGUGUGUGUGUGUGUGUGUACACACAUGGUAUGAUAUAUAAGUAUAAUAUAUGUAAAAUAUUUUACUAUUGAUGUACAUUAUGUGAGUGUGUACACAUGUGAUUGUAUAUAACUAUAUAACUAUAUACAUGUAAAACAUUUUGCUAUUGAUGUACAUGUUACUUUAAGUAUUCGUAUAUAUACAUAAUUGUAAGUCAGUGAGCUCGGGACUCCUCAAUCCCGACCCUGUCAAAACUUUCUGGGGACAAUAAUUUUUUACUUUUUUUUAGUUAUUUGUAGACUUCAUGUCCCCAUGUAAACUUCACAAACUUUAGCUUCUCUCUGUUAUAACCUUACCCUGACGUGUUGCAGGUUUGUAGAUUAAGUAAAUUUAGUGUCCAAUUUCACGGGCUGAAGCUAGGGUCUGCUUCUUUAAAAAUAAUUUGCAAUGCAUAGUCUUCCAACACCUAGUCACUUUCAGAUUUUGGAGCCCCAUCCCUCCACAGUCUUGACGCUUAUGGAGUAGGCAAUACCCGAAAAGUAACCACCAGCCUCGGUGCUGUCGUGGUUAAGCUAUCGGACAUUAGGCUGGUAGGUACAGGGUUCGCAGCCCGGUGUAACAACCCAAAAUAUACCGUCGCCAAGUGGGCUAGCCUGUUUUAUACCCCUAACCUUAACCUUAACCCUAACCCUAACCCUCAUUUUUUUUUUAUUACUAACCUGUAUACAAAAUAAAUAAAUAAAUAAUAAUAAUAAUGAUGAACGCUUUGAAAGAAAAGCAACUAUUGCUUUCAUAAAAAUGAAACUAUCACAGAUUAGUCAUUAGUCGUACAGGCUCCCACCAAGAGCGGGUAGGUGUAAGACUACUACACCCUCUUCUCUCUUACUAACCGAGAUAGAUGAGAUGAGUGGCCAGGACAGCGUGCUUGAACCUUAAUUGGAUAUAAGCACGCAAAUAAGUUGAAAUAAAAUGAAAGGUAGGCCUAACCUACGAAUAUUUUGACUAAGUAAUUGGCACACUGCCUCGACUCAAAACGAGAGACGCAGACCGAGCUAAACAAAACACUGGCACACGCGUACCCGUUAAUUAAGAUUUAACACCGUGAUUGCAUCAUUCUCGUUGGCAGGCAGUCAGUUGCCGGGAUGGCCCGGUACUACAGAUUAUAAUGAACAUCAGCUUCUCGAUAUUGAUCAGACUGUGUACCAGCGCCUUCAGACCCACGGUUCGGUUCAUUGUCGACAUACACGACGAGACUCAUCCUGCAAUGGAAUCUUUAACGGCUGGAUGACAAAUCUCGAGCUAUCGCUGAUCAAUAAAAUUGUAAUUUUCCCCCUAUUCAAAUGACAGCCGACGUUUUUCUUAUUGCUUCUGUCAAACGGUGAAAUGCUUCUCUCUCUCUCUCUCUCUCUCUCUCUCUCUCUCUCUCUCUCUCUCUCUCUCUCUCUCUCUCUCUCUCUCUCUCUCUCUCUCUCUCUCUCUCUCUCUCUCUCCCCCCCCCCCCCCGAGUCGGUGUGAGCAUAUUUACGGUCCAAGGGGAAUAACUCGUUCAAACGCAAUCCAUGACAGUUUCAAUUUCUUGUGAAUUAAUGAAAAGCAACUACGAAUAAAACAGCGACUAAUC